GAAAACCAAUGGCUAUUAACAGCAGGAGCUGAAAGUUCGAUUGAAAAGAGUUCUCAAAAAUGAAAAAGAUUCAGAGCCUCAACUUUACCAACAAACUUGCUUCACUGUCAAGUUCAACACUUCAGCGGUUGAUAUCAAUUCGGAAACAGCAGUAUACGCAAAUUAUACAGCUCCAUUUUAAACCAAACAAGUAAUGGCUAUCACCACACUGGAUAGAUUCACAUAUUUUCCCGAACUAUCUCCCGAGAUCCAGAUGAUCAUUUGGGCCUUUUGUCCCUAUGUUGAAAAACAGACCAUUUAUAUCGCAGAGGUGUGGGAAGUAGUUCAGGGUGUAUAUCCAUAUGCCGACCGCUCUAGAACAGGAGAUCGAUUGAAUCCACUUGCAGUGGAUUUCCCAGAUGCAAAAUUCAUCACCGUCAAGUACACCGUUCCCUCACCUCUGCACAUCUGCCAACAGUCCAGAAAUGUCGCUCUUCAGCAUUAUCGACGAGUCGCUACUACAUAUGGCGAUACCAAGGAGGGCCCAGCACCUUUCUACAUCAACUCAUAUCAGGAUUCUAUAUUUUUUGAGGAUACAAUAGUCGUUUCACCACAUUUUUACCGUCCAACAAUUUCUUUCUGGGGGAAUGACGGAAAAACUCUCUCCACUCCCGAUGGCAAGGAUCUCUGUACCUCAGUAACCACUCGCUGGACCAGGAGUUAUCCUCCAACUACUGAUCAUCUUAUGUAUAUGCUAUCCAGAUUCCCAGAAGUUAAACACUUCUACUUUCUUGAUUGCCCUUCUGGUCCCUUCCCUGUGUCACCUUCUUGGAACAGCAACAUACAGUGGUUGAGUAGGAAUGAAAUUGAGCAGGAAGUGGAUCUGUAUAUGUCAUUGCUAUCAGCUUUGGCGAAACAUGGAACGAUAUCUCAAUAUGCGCCAGACUCAACAGAUUUGUUGGAAUGCAGAGGUAUCUUUCGGAGCAGUUGGGUGUUGCCAUUAAUAAGCUGCAUUACUACUGAAGAAUUCAAUUCUCUCGGACACACGGAGAUCGAAUGAUUAAAGUUGAAGAUCCUUUGACACAAAAUAAAGUGUGAAAUGUCGAGCGGGAUGAGCACAUUGGCUACCUCGUUGAGGGAAAAUAAAACACAAAGAUUUUUGAAUGCGUUGCAUUAGUUAAUUUUCAGUGUUCUGGCCUUUUUACUUCCAAAAGAAGACUCAAAGGGGAAGGGUUUAAAAGAUCUCAUUUUCAAUAAAGUAUGAUACGCUAAAUUCUGGGAGAGGGACUAUACA